CUCAAUACAAAGUUGGUCCCAUAUUUUGCGUGCGUAGGUUAACUUGUCGGAGGGUGCUAUAUGAUUUGCUCUGUUUAUCUUAAUGAGAAACAAAAAAACAAUUAUGGAGACGGCGAAAAUUGCAUCUUCGUUCGAUCGAGCCAGUGAGCUUAAAGCUUUCGAUGAGACGAAGACGGGUGUGAAAGGACUCGUCGACGCCGGAAUCUCAAAGAUUCCACGCAUAUUCCAUCACUCAUCGGUCGUCGAACUAGCAAACCCUAAACCAAUUCCUUCGGAGUUGCUACAUCUCAAGACGAUCCCAACGAUCGAUCUAGGAGGAAGGGUUUUCGAGGAUGCCGUUAAGCGCAAGAAAGCGAUUGAAGGGAUCAAAGAAGCAGCAGCCAAGUGGGGUUUCUUCCAAGUGAUCAACCAUGGAGUUUCGCUCCAUCUUCUUGAGGAGAUGAAAGAUGGAGUUCGUAACUUUCACGAGCAACCCCCAGAAGCUAGGAAAGAAUUGUACACCCGUGAUUACAGCAAAAAGUUUAUGUAUACAAGUAAUUUCGAUCUCUACAGAGCUCCAUCUGCAAAUUGGAGAGACUCAUGCUACUGCUACAUGGCUCCAUAUCCUCCAAAACCACAAGAUAUACCAGAGAUUUGUAGGGAUGUUAUGUUGGAAUACUCAAAGCAAGUGAUGAUUUUGGGAGAAUUUCUAUUUGAGCUUUUGUCAGAGGCUCUAGGGUUGAACCAUAAUCACCUUAAAGACAUGGAUUGCUUGAAGGGUUUGCGCAUGCUUUGCCAUUACUACCCACCGUGUCCAGAACCUGACCUAACUUUUGGCACAAGUCAGCACUCCGACAGCUCUUUUCUCACCGUCCUUCUACAAGAUCAGAUCGGGGGACUUCAGGUUCGCCGUGAAGGGUACUGGUUCGAUGUUCCUCAUGUUCCCGGCGCUCUCGUCAUCAACAUCGGAGAUCUUUUACAGCUUAUAACAAACGACAAGUUCAUCAGUUUGGAGCAUAGAGUAUUGGCGAACAGAGCCACAAGAGCUCGAGUCUCUGUGGCAUGUUUCUUCACCACCUACGUACAAGUACUACCCAAUCCUAGAUCGUACGGACCCAUUAAAGAACUUGUGUCCGAUGAAAACCCUCCAAAGUACAGAGAGACCAUUGUUAGAGACUACGCUACUUACGUCAAUGCCAAAGGACUCGACGGAACCUCUGCUUUGCUCCAUUUAAAAAUAUGAAACAUGGCGAGCUACUGCUUUCUCACACAUGCACGACAUGACAGAAUAUGUAACGUUGCGCGUGUGAACCAUAUGUGGAAUGGAAUUUAUGGAUUCGAUAUUGUCAUUUUAAUUUCCGUUUGGUCGAAAUUAUGUGUACUCGGAUACGAUUAACCGAUCGAAUUUCAAUAUUGAACGAUGAACAUGUUGGUUAUACUUAUAUGCUUAUGGAUUUCUAUUGUAUUUUAAUUUGUGAUGAGUUGAAUUAGAUGACAAUAUUUAAGGUUUA